AUGUCAAUUCCAUCCUUGCCGCUCUUCGUCGCGGCGCAGACCCAUGCCGAGCGCAACCCCGCGAAGGUGGCGGUCGUGGACACCACCAAGCAGGAGUCCUUCACCUUCGGUCAGCUGCUCGCCGAUGCGGCGACCUUGAAGAAGCGUAUUCUUGGGGAACUUGGGCUUUCGGACUCUGGUGAUUUGGACGAACGGCGCGUUGCCUUCCUCACCCCGAACGGAUACGAUUAUGUGGUCACUCAAUGGGCCGUGUGGGCGGCCGGGGGAGUGUGUGUGCCACUCUGCACAAGCCACCCUGUGAAGGAGCUCCUGUAUACCGUGGACGACUCGGACCCAUCUCUAAUCCUCAUCCAUCCAACAUUUGAGAAAGUGGCCCCGGCUUUGCGCGAGGGGUGCACUACCGCCAUCCCAUUCAUGAACUUGGAACCUUUUACGCGCACCGACGAAGCGCCUCUGCCUACUUUCUCCCCUUCAUUUCCUUUGACUCGUCGAGCCUUGAUGAUCUAUACCUCUGGCACCACAUCAAACCCGAAGGGCUGCGUCACAACACACGAAAACAUUACAUUCCAAGCAAACAGCCUCAUCGAGGCCUGGAAAUACAACCCCUCUGACCAUCUCAUCCAUGUGCUCCCACUGCACCAUGUCCACGGCAUUAUCAACGGGUUAACAGCGAGUUUUCUGAGCGGCACGACUGUGGAAAUGCACCCGAAAUUCGACCCCAAAGCUAUUUGGGAGCGGUGGCAGGACCGCGGCUCCUCGACUAUGUUCAUGGCUGUGCCAACAAUCUACUCGCGACUCAAUGAUUAUUUCGAUGCUCACAUUCGUGGGUCCGAACAGGAAACGACUGCGCGAGCUGGUGCGAAAGCCCUGCGAUUGAUCGUUAGUGGGUCUGCGGCGCUGCCGACUCCUAUAAAGGCCAAAUUCGCCGAGAUCACGGGUCAGGUCCUGCUGGAGAGGUACGGGAUGACGGAGAUUGGUAUGGCGAUUAGCUGUGGGUUGGAGGUUGAGAAGCGCAUUGAUGGCAGUGUGGGCUGGCCGCUCCCUGGUGUUCAGGUGCGAUUGACUGAGAAGGAGACCGGGCGGGUCAUUGAGGAGAGUGAUGAGGACGGGAUGAUUGAGAUCAAAGGCGGCAAUGUCUUCCGCGAGUACUGGCGCAGACCUGAAGCCACAGUAUCCGAAUUCACAGCCGAUGGCUGGUUUAAGACGGGCGAUGUAGCCAGACGCGAUGCAGCUGGUGCUUACUUCAUUCAGGGCCGGGCGUCGGUCGACCUGAUCAAGUCGGGUGGCUACAAGAUCUCGGCGCUUGAAGUCGAGCGCAAGAUGCUCGCAUUGGACUCCAUCCAAGAAGUGGCGGUUGUCGGGCUAGCAGAUGAGGAAUGGGGACAACGGGUUGCGGCAGUGGUCAAGGUUCGCGAGGGAGCUGCACCGCUAGAACUCUCAGCUCUUCGCGCCGAACUGAAGAACGAAAUGGCCCCGUAUAAGAUCCCGACGGUGCUGAAGAUCGUGGAUGGGAUUGAGCGUAAUGCCAUGGGCAAGGUCAACAAGAAGACCAUUGUACAAAAGUACUGGCCCGAUAAGGCUUGA